AUGAACGCUGUCUUGCAAAGCCUGCAACCGCCAGCAAGGCACACCAACGAAGAUGAGGAGGACGCCUGGGGGUAUGGCAACUUGGACCAAAGGGGUGGUGUCAGAGGGAUGAUGGUUCCUCGGGUACCAGAUCCCGCCGCCUUCCUCAACCUCCACACCGACUCGAUCUCCUCCAACCCCGCCGCCAAAAUCAAGCUCGCCCACGGAACAACCACCCUCGCCUUCCGAUUCAAGGGAGGCAUCAUCGUCGCCGUCGAUUCGCGAGCUACAGCAGGAAGCUACAUUGCCAGUGGAACAGUCAAGAAGGUUAUCGAGAUCAACCCUUACCUGCUGGGUACGAUGGCGGGUGGUGCGGCAGAUUGCCAGUAUUGGGAAACAUACCUCGGUAUGCAGUGUCGGCUUCAUGAACUCCGGAACAAGGAGCGGAUAUCGGUCGCUGCUGCGAGCAAGAUCCUGAGCAAUAUCGUUUACCAGUACAAGGGUAUGGGAUUGAGCAUGGGUACUAUGAUCUGCGGAUGGGAUAAGACAGGACCUGCGCUCUUCUACGUCGACUCGGAUGGAUCCCGGCUGAAGGGCGACCUCUUCUCUGUUGGAUCAGGUAGUACAUUUGCAUACGGUGUUCUGGACCAGGGAUACUCGUACGAUCUCUCAGACGAAGAAGCGCAGGAGCUCGGUAGACGGUCAAUCAUCGCCGCAGGUCACCGAGAUGCCUUCUCAGGUAACACGUGUAACCUCUUCCAUGUCCGCGAGAACGGAUGGGAGUUCAUCGCCAACUAUGAUGUCAACGAGCUGUGGUACGAGUAUGAGGCGAAGAAGAAGGCUGGAGCAAGCCAGGCUCAAGCGCAGAAGGACGAAGGAAUGGCUGUGGAGUAG